CACAUUCCCCGCGUCUCCUCGCAGGCAAACAUCCAGGAGCAAGCUACGUGAUUUCUGCGUUCUCCAUGACCGUCUGAAUAAUUAUACGUGUAUUUCCCUUCUUUCCAGUCUUGACGAGGAGUAACAAUCUGAAAGCGAAGCCGCAUCAAAUCCCCGAUCGUACUCAGCAGAUGCUCAUUUCCUCACCAUGGCAACAGAAGACAAGAAACCAGAGACUGACACAAAACCUCCAGUUGUACCAUCAGCAUCUGCCAGUCAAAGCAAGUCUGCACCCGCCAAGCCAAACUACAGCCUGAAAUUCACAUUAGCGGGCCACACUAAAGCCGUCUCCUCCGUCAAGUUCAGCCCGAGCGGAGAGUGGCUCGCCAGCUCAUCUGCUGAUAAACUCAUCAAAAUCUGGGGAGCGUAUGACGGCAAGUUUGAGAAAACCAUAUCUGGACACAAACUUGGUAUAUCUGAUGUGGCCUGGUCCUCUGACUCCAACCUCCUGGUGUCUGCGUCUGAUGACAAAACCCUGAAGAUCUGGGACGUCAGCUCGGGAAAAUGCUUAAAAACUCUAAAAGGUCACAGCAACUACGUCUUCUGCUGCAAUUUCAACCCCCAGUCCAAUCUUAUCGUGUCAGGAUCGUUUGAUGAGAGCGUGAGGAUAUGGGAUGUGAAGACCGGGAAAUGUUUGAAAACGUUGCCGGCUCAUUCUGACCCCGUCUCGGCCGUUCAUUUCAACAGAGACGGCUCCCUGAUCGUGUCCAGUAGCUAUGACGGCCUUUGCCGAAUCUGGGACACAGCAUCGGGCCAGUGUUUAAAGACACUCAUAGAUGACGACAACCCUCCUGUGUCAUUUGUGAAGUUUUCCCCCAACGGGAAGUACAUCCUGGCUGCUACACUGGACAACACGCUGAAGCUGUGGGACUACAGCAAAGGAAAGUGCUUGAAAACGUACACCGGACACAAAAACGAGAAGUACUGCAUAUUUGCAAAUUUCUCUGUCACCGGCGGAAAGUGGAUCGUGUCGGGCUCCGAGGACAACAUGGUUUAUAUCUGGAACCUGCAGACAAAGGAGAUCGUGCAGAAACUGCAGGGCCACACAGACGUCGUCAUAUCGACUGCCUGCCACCCAACAGAGAACAUCAUCGCAUCUGCGGCUUUAGAAAACGACAAAACCAUCAAGCUAUGGAAAAGCGACUGCUAAGCCCUGUCGGAUCUUUUGGGCCAUUCAUAUUUCGUUCUUGUUUUUUUUUUUUUUUUUUUUAUACUUUUUUUUUUCUACAUUUUGUUGUAAGAAAAGAGGACUUGUUUUCUAACAGAGAGCUCCUGCGGGACGCAGAGGGCUUUCAGGUAAUGAAAUGCAGCAAAGCGAACCAAAUGAGACACAUCAGCCACACACAGUAUCAGCCGAGUCGGUCCUGCAGUGGACGCGCUCCCCAUCUGAGAUGUUCCAUCUGUCUGCUAACGUGCCAGAUUUUUGUUGUUGAAGUAGGUGACUGUUUUUGUUUUUUUUAUACUUUCCAACAGUGUUGCCACUCACUGGUGCUUCAGUAUUUCUCACACUGCGUUAACCUCGAUGUCACUGCUUCAUACCGACUCAUACAUGCUCUUGUAGAAUACAUGUAAUGGAUAUUUGGCCUUUCUACGGUUUCUUUCUCCUUUGAUUUGUGUAAUUGUGUAGCUCCGUCUAAAUGACAUCAAGCCUUUAGAUUAAAAAAAAAAAAAAAAAAAAGGAAAAUCAAAGGAUCAAUUUGUCUGUUACUUAUUCACGUGGCACCACAAUUAGUGUUUUUCUUUCCCUUAGUGUCAAAUUCCAGACCUCAAGUAAGCGCUGUGUGCGAGAACAGCAUAUAUUUUCUGAUUUCUUUAAUUCUUAAAUUGAAUUGAAGUUCGAAGUUUUGGGAAGUACGAGAACAAAGUCAAGAAUGCCUCAAGAAAAUGUAAUACAUGUCUCAGAUUAAAAAAAAAAUCCAGAUGUUAUUAAUAUUUUGCAGUCCUACUGGGCCUUUGGAUGCAACCCCCUCCUGCUAAACAUGCCUACAGUUUACGACAGUGACCAAAUGCAGUUUUGUCUUCUAGGAUUUGUACAUAUUACAUUGACGUGUUGUGCUUUCAUUAUUUGAGCUGUCUUUGUUUCUUUCUGUUCCCUUCUGCUUAGCUCAUACUGUAGUUCUGCACACAAAGCCAGCGGCGUCUGUUCUCUGUAGUCAACCUGGAUUUUGUGGAUUAUAUGUUUGCAUUUGACAGCUAUAACCUGCGUCUUAAUAAAACCAGUUUUUAUAUGUUUCA